AUGUCUGAAACUUCAAGCCAAGGGCAGCAGCCUGCGGCCACACCAGUAUACAUUCUCCGCGGCCAUGCAGCCCCAAUACACGCUCUGCACGUCUUCUCCCAGAACCUGCGGCUUGUAUCUGGAGAUGCGGAGGGCUGGGUUGUCAUCUGGGAUAUAGUCACCAAGCGGCCCGUCACAGUGUGGAAGGCACAUGAGGGUGCAGUCCUCGAACUCAAGGCCUUCCAGGUUGCUGCAGGAGUGUCCGAGAUUUAUACACAUGGACGGGACCACAAGCUCUGUGUAUGGAAGCUUCGCGCGGAAGAUGAGGAAUUUCUCAGCAAGACUCUGCCGGUUGAUGUUUCAGAGUCGGAGCGCUCGAAAAAUGCCACUCAGCCAUGGCUGCUUCAUUCCUUGCCUGUCAACGCGCUGAACUUCUGUGCAUUUUCAAUGACUUUCUUGGACAUUUCGAGCAGCAAAUCCGCACAAAGCACCCCAGAGCAAGUACCUUCCCGCGUUGUCUUGUUUGCUGUCCCGAAUGCGCUCGACUCUGGCGGAAUCGAUGUCUUCCAUCUGCCAUCUGAACGCCGUAUCACUACCAUCGCCUCGGAUCCAGCAACCAAGACAGGAAUGGUGAUGGCUGUGAAUAUGUUCGUGUCUUCAUCUGGGGAUGUCUACGUUGCGUCUGCCUACGAAGACGGCCAUGUCAUGGUCUUCAUCCACAAGGGCGCUCUCACGCCAGCCAGUUUCGAACUCGGCACCAUCGCUUCAAGUCCCUGGAAGUGGGAAAAGCUAUACGCUAGCCGCGCGCAUAGCCAGCCUGUCCUAUCUCUUGACGUUUCUUCUACCCGUGAUUAUUUUAUUACGUCUUCUGCCGAUGCUCUCCUCAUCAAGCAUCCGAUCCCCAGUCCCCAUUCCGCCGGGUACAUUCCUACAGCUAAUUAUGCGGAAGAUAAGCCUCUCAAGACGGUCAACACAAAGCAUUCUGGUCAGCAGGGACUGCGCAUGCGUAGCGACGGGAAGAUAUUCGCGACUGCGGGUUGGGACAGCAGAAUUAGAGUGUACUCCGGCAAAACGAUGAAGGAACUGGCUGUGCUCAAGUGGCACAAGGAAGGAUGUUACACUGUCGCGUUUGGAGACGCAGACCUUUUCUCCCAACCAAUUCCUUCUCAUACCCAAGAGCCGACUACUCCUGACGAGGCAAAUGAAUCCGACUCGGGGAAAAUUCUCAGCGACCAGAGCUUGUCACUCGCAGCUAUCCACAACCAACGAAACGAAAAAGUACAAAGAACACAUUGGCUAGCAGCCGGAUCCAAAGAUGGAAAAAUUUCAUUAUGGGAUAUCUACUGA